AUGGCGACGACCGCAGGAAAACCGUUCCCUGCGAGUCCAAACCAUAUAGACUUAACGGCUGACGAAGACGACGAGGUUAUCCAAGCUGUAGACACUUUCCGAAAGCCUUCAUCAUCGUAUCCAAUGGCCAUUCCCAACUCUACUACCCGCCCAUUCCAGCCACAAGCACCAUCCAGCCUGAAUCCAUAUCGACCGCCUUUUGCUUCUCAAGUCCGACCAUCAUUUCAGGCCCCAGCGCCUACAAUGAAUGGGUCGACCUCGCGUAUAAUAGACCUCACGAGUUCUCCUUCCCCGCCCCCGCCGAAUCUUCUCCAGCCGCCCCCAUUGAACCCGCAGCUUGCUCCGAAAACACCCGUGUGCAUUGGUCAGAUUACUAUUCACGCUCUGGUGCUCUACCCGAUACCAUACAUAACGCAAAGUAAUCCUCCAACCGAGGAAUGGGUCCCUGCUCGACUCGAAUAUGAACACCUCGCUGGCAAGUCACAGGCGGAAACCAUCCAUAUCAAGAUACCCUCAGGUCGUCCUUCAAACGGGGAAAGCGAAACGUUUGGUAUGGUCGAGCAGAAAGUUGCGACUGCCAUCGGACCAAUGCUGGGUAAGGGCCUCAUACGACUCGAUGUCAAAAUUCGCAAAGGCUCAUCUGGUCUGCCUAUCCUUCCUAUGAGAGCCCUGGUUUUCACUCCGAAAGGCAACAUCCCAGUUGUCGGCAGCUAUCUUCGCCAGUGUGGAUUAUCACUCGAGCACCCAUCUCCCCCUUUCGACCUAUACCAACUACUGAUACAAAAACAACAUUACUCAAACCCUCAUAACCCACCACCAAUUGGCCAACGUGCUGCGCAGCCUCAACCUUAUGCCAGUCAGAGCCGGUGGACAACACCACAAGUAGCGGGAAAGAGCGUCGAGGUUCAGAGGAGUCAAGUUGACGAGGUCUUCAAGAGCCUGAAAGGUGGUGAUGAACUGCUGGAAACCGAGCCCAGUGCCGAUGUUGCGACACGACUCUAUCCACAUCAGAAGAAAGCACUCACUUUCUUACUGGAGCGGGAAAGGGAAAAACCUGGCCCAGAUGGCCAAUUUUCUUCCCUUUGGCAGCAACGGAUAAACAGCAUGACCCAACGUCCAUCUUGGUACCAUUCUAUAACGACAAAGGAAGUUUUCGAGCAACCGCGGGAGGCAAAGGGCUCUAUUUUGGCGGACGAUAUGGGGCUGGGAAAGACCAUUACUUGCGUAUCUUUGAUCGCUGCAACGCUCGCCUCGGCCAAUGAUUUCGCAGCCACGCCAUUGGAACCACUCUCACCUGCGACAAGUGCACCUGCCAAGCCAGAUGCAUCCCAUUUUUCUGGCCGUGUUUGGAACAUGCCGGAAGAAUCGAUGUCAGCCAAAGCUAAGGCCAAAGCUGUCCGAGCCCAAGAGAAACUCGACAUCGCACAGGCCCGAGUGUCCCGGAUCAAAGUCAAGAGCCGCGCGAGUUUAAUUAUCUGUCCUUUGUCCACCGUUGCCAAUUGGGAAGACCAGUUUCGUGAGCAUUGGCGGGGUGAAGUCGUCGUCGUUGGUGGUGCUGGUGGCUGUGUUCCUGCUACCCCAUCACAAGCUUUGACGCAAGCUCUCGCACAACCGUCGAUGUUUGUCGACGACAAUGGCAAGGGACGUGAAGGAUCCCAACUGCGUGUCUAUAUCUACCAUGGAAACGCUCGCAAGCCAGAUCCAUCAUAUCUAGCCGACUUUGACGCUGUCAUUACAACAUACGCAACACUGGCCUCGGAAUACUCUAAGCAGAACAAGAGUAUCGUUAGUGCUGAAGAUGAAGAUGAAGAAGAAGAAACAAGUGACAGCGACAUUGAAGUCGAUGACAACGGGAAUUCUAUCGUCAAACUCAGCAAGCCAAAGAAGGCGGGAAUGAAGCGCAAAAAGAGCGGUGCUCCAGGUGCUUCCGAGGUCUCCAGCGCACUGCAAAGCAUUCAUUGGUUUCGUGUGGUACUCGAUGAGGCCCACUGCAUCAAAGAGACAACCACUGUUGGUAGUCGUGCGUGUUGCGAUCUCGUGGCCGACCGCCGGUUAUGCUUAACUGGUACUCCUGUCCAAAACAAGCUGGAUGACGUCUUUGCUCUCAUCAAGUUCUUACGUCUCAGCCCGUUCGACGACAAGAACGUAUGGACGGAAUUUAUUGGGAGUCCCGUCAAAUUCGGACAGCCUCUCGGCGUUGCGCGGCUCCAAACCAUAAUGAAAUGCAUCACACUGCGGCGUACCAAAGAGUCUAAGAAGCACGAUGGAUCUCGCAUCCUCGACUUGCCUCCACGCCGCGAUGAACUGCGCUACCUCAAGUUUGACGAGCAAGAGCAAGAGAUAUAUAACCAGUUUUAUAACGAAUCCAAAGCCGAGUUUGAGGAUUUGGCAGACAAGAACGAGGUCAUGAAGAACUAUGUGGGUAUCCUGCAGAAAAUUUUACGCCUCCGUCAAAUUUGCGAUCACUGGGAACUUGUUGACGGCAAAACCCCUUCCCUUCAACAGCAAUCAUACGAGCAAAUUAUUUCCGAUAUUUCCAAGGAGGGCAUCAAUGUUUCGCGGGCUGCGGCCAUUUUUGCCAUCUUACGGGAAUCCGCCACCACCCAGUGUGUUGAAUGUGGUGUAGAACUAUCAACCAUGGAUCUCUCCCAGGCAGACAACAUGGAUGUCGAUGGCCCUCCUGCCCCGAAACGAGCCCGAAAAGCGAAGACGGCCUCGUCACGUGGCCCCACCCGUGCCAGCAGCCCGUCAACACCCCGUCCGGUGUUGACAAGAUGCCAACAUUUGUUUUGUGUCGAGUGCUAUCGCAACUGCAUCUGUCCAGGCUGGCCCAACGUCGCAUCUGAUACUCGCCGGUCGUGUUCAGCUUGCCAAACCGGCCUCACCCCCCUCGAUGCCGUUGAGAUCAAACCCGACGCUACCGCCGACAUUCCUAUUCCAAUUGCAAAGAAGAAACCUUCGAAGAAAGAACGUCGCCAGAAGGGAGGUUCGCUGGAGAACUUCCAUCCUUCGACCAAAGUCAAGGCGUUGUUGGGUGAUCUCGUGCAAUUCUCGCGAGCAAACCCUUAUUCUGCUAACUAUGAGCCUGACUCUGUCGAGGUUCAAGUGGUCGAUAAUAACGGAAACAGUCUGGAUGACGGUGUCGUCAAAACUGUUGUGUUCUCUCAAUGGACCAGCAUGCUUGACAAAAUAGAGGAUGCAUUAGAAGCAGCGGCGAUCCAUUACGAACGUUUAGAUGGGACGAUGAAGCGUGAAGAACGCACUCGCUCGAUGGAUGCGCUGAAGCAUGACCCUCGCUGCGAAGUCCUCCUUGUCAGCUUAAAGGCUGGUGGUGUAGGCCUUAACUUGACAGCUGCUCAACGUGUCUAUCUCAUGGAUCCUUAUUGGAAUCCUGCUGUGGAGAAUCAGGCCGUAGACCGUAUCCAUCGACUGGGUCAGACUCGACCUGUCACUACCAUCAAAUUGAUCAUCGAAAAUACAAUUGAAGCACGUCUGCUAGAGGUUCAACGCAAGAAAACUGAGCUUGCGAACAUGACUCUGGGCAACUAUAGCAGACAAGAAAUGAUGGCUCGCCGGGCUGAAGAGCUGCAAGAGCUCUUCAGUUAA